CACCCACACAAACACACACACACACACACACUUACUUUAGCGGUAACAGUUUAGCAGAAGUACACAUCUCAGCAAUUGUAUCUUAUGCACAAUCACUCUGUAUCUGCGUAAUGAGGAAGAAGCAAUCAUUGUGUGAUUAAGGCCGUCCUUCAUUCAGCAGCCUUGGGUUUACGAUGGGGCAGCAAAAGCCUGUUUUGGGAUCGUGAGCUAACUGCUAGUCAUUUAAAGCUUUUAAAGAACAGUGCGCCACCAUUCGCAGUGAUGGCCAUAGCCGCAGUGGAGUUGAUGGGCUUCUUCUUGGGCAUCCUGGGAAUGAUUGGCAACUUGGUGGCCACCCUGCUGCCCUACUGGGAAAUCUCGGCCCACAUCGGCUCCAACAUCGUCACGGCUGUGACAAACAUGAAGGGUCUGUGGAUGGCGUGCGUCCACCAGAGCACCGGAGCCUUCCAGUGCGAGACCUACAACACCAUCCUUGGCCUAUCCGCCGACCUGCAGGUGGCCCGGGCCAUGAUGGUCAUCUCGGUUAUCUUAUCUGUCCUAGCCUGUGUAGUGUCCAGCGUUGGGAUGCAGUGCACCGUGUGUAUGGACGGCUCCUCAGCGAAGGCGAAAGUAGCUGGAGCUGGAGGGUGCCUUUUUUUAACUGCCGGUCUUCUGUCGCUCAUUCCAGUUUCCUGGAAGACCAAUGAAGUAGUGCAGACCUUUUACCAGUACAACCUACCUGACAGUCUGAAGUUCGAGAUUGGAGAUUGCCUGUAUGUCGGAAUUGCUUCGUCCAUCACGUCGCUGCUAGGUGGAGGGCUGCUAAGCAUGUCCUGCUGGAAUGACAUGGAUUCACGGCGAGGGUUCAGGCGCCACGGCGGGGGUUACCCAUACCCUGAACACAUGGCAAAACAUGGCACGGGCCGUGGCGCCUCACAUUCGAUGCCCUUCCACCCUUCAGCCACUCUGCAGAGCACAAUCAACAUGAAUCCCACCAACAGGAACCAGACCAUGGUCAGCCAGAUCAGUAGCAGUAGCCACUCCACUGCUGGUGUCAGAGACUCCAGGAAACCCGCACGCCAGCAAACAACAGCUAGUUAUGAUGUCACUGGGUAUGUCUGAAGAUUUUGCCUAGUUGCUGUUUCGCACCAUGAACUUGAAAACACUGAAUUGUUAAAAUUCGACUUAUUUGUGAAUAUUUCUUGGAUUUUGGAAAAAGGUGUUUUAUAAAUUAAACAUAUCCAUAUUAUUUUCAUGGCUAACAGAAGUAUUAAGGCUUACAAAAGGUACAUUUUGUACAGUAUUUUUUUUCUUUUUUCCUGCUGAGGGAAUGAUUUCAGAAACUGUAGGGCAUGUCUAAGUGAAACAAAUCAAUUCCAGGUCAAUCGACCUCUGGUGUGAUAGGAGUCCUCUGUGUAAACACAAAGAGCUAAUGUUUCACAUUGACGGUUUAAUAUGGCUGUAAAAGCAUACUUCAAGAUGAACUCUUGUAGUAUUAUUCAUUUCGUAUGGUUCCAUAUUUGACACAAGGACAGGUUUUUUCUGGCUUGUCCUUCUUAAAUGACACAAAAUUACAAAUAAAUGCUAUAAAUAAAGAAUGUUAAAUACAAAAGAAAUGAGAAACACAUUAAGAAUGGAUGGCGCUUGAAUGAAGGAAAUUAGUUUUACUCAAAGUGGGGUUCAUGAAGCAUGGCCAGGGGGUCUGUGAUUUCUUUUAAUGUAGUUUCUGUGUUGGAAAUCACAAAUCGCCACUAUCAAAGUUAUUUUGUUUAAUACUCAGUUCUUAUAGUUAUUAGCCGAUUAGACUGGUCUAAUGAAUGGGUUUAAUCGAAAUCUCAAAUAAAUCAUUCUAUAAAUAACAUAAUAAUGUGUUCUCUCAGGAACAUAAAGCUUUAACUAUCAUUGUACACAAUGAAAUAAUGAGUCUAAUAUUCAACGAGUUGGAUUGUGUUUAUUAAAAAAAUUCUAUACUGAGGGGGUUUGGGUUAUUUAAUUUGCAUUUAAAUGGGUUCCUGGCCAAAAAAGUUUGAGAAGUAAACGACAAAGUGUUUCAUUUAAAAAUUUUUCAGGGCCAAAUGGGACAGUCAGGUCAUCUUAAAUGUCUAAAUAACCCUUAACUAACAGCAGCACAUCACCCCAUCUCUAUCUUUGGCACAGGUCAAUGAUUUACAGCAGUAGCAGCAUGAAGCACUGCACUGGAAUCAACUCAAUCGAUUUUAGCUCAGUGAUUCUGUGAGAAAUUAAUGUUCCUGCACCUGAGUGACAAUAGGCACCUCAGUGCACCUUCCCUACAUGCUGCCUACAUAGCAUGCUUCCUUCCGAUUCGAACGCACUGACUGCCUGCUGAUGAGACUGUUCUUAGUCCUAGUCUCAGUGUUCAGUGUUUCUUUAAAUUGUUUGUGAGUCUAAUCGUAAAUUGUAGUAAGCCUGGUAAACAUGUAAUCUUUGUUGUCAUGUUAUAUUACUUAUAUAAUACAUAUAUUACUUUAUUUUCCUGAGAAAUCGCCCACACGUUUGUAACACUGACCUGCAGUAACAAGUACCUGACUGGACAUUAAAGUAUUCAUUUUUGUACUGUUUCA